AUGGACCAAACGUAUGGAUCGCUUGCAGAGCGCCUCCUCUGCAAGUGGGAAGAGAAGAAGGCAAAAGCGGCUACCACCAACGAUACAGGGAGCCUGAACCCUCCGCCUCGGCUUCUAGUCGCAGUAGCAGGCCCUCCUGGCUCCGGAAAGACAACAAUCGCAAACAGGGUUGCUGGUAUUAUCAAUUCAUUACCUCCCGAAAACAACAGCCCCAAGGCUAUCGUUAUAUCUGCCGACGGAUUUCACCUCCCGCUUGCCAUACUACGAAAACUACCCAAUGCUUCAGAAGCCCUUGCGCGCCGUGGAGCCCCCUGGACCUUUGACGGCCAUGCAGCUGUCAGCCUCGUGCGAAAGCUCGAACCACAGGCGCACCGUCAGCCAGUCCUUGCGCCUACUUUCGACCACGCAAUCAAAGAUCCGGUAUCGGAUGGUUUACUCAUAGAGGCGGACGUGGAUAUAUGUAUCCUGGAAGGUAAUUACCUUCUCUGCGAUGAGCCGCCAUGGGAUGAGAUUGCAAACCUCGUGGAUGAGAAAUGGUUUGUUCACGUCGAGCCUGAUUUGGCCUGUAGACGAGUCGCUUUUCGACAUCUUGCCGCCGGAAUUGAAGCAACAAUGGAGGAGGCAGUCCGUCGGGCAAAGGCAAACGACCUGGUGAAUGGCGAGUUUAUUGUGUCCAAGAGUCAGGGCAGGUACGAUGUGAUGAUAGAAAGCAUAGAAUCAAAACCCUAG